CGCUCCGGGCGGGCCGCCGCCAGAUACAGCGUCCGACGGGGAAAAUAAAGCCGAACACUGUGGGGAAACAACAAACAUGUCCUACUAGUCCGCUCGAUCGGGAUCGGAAGUCGACCAGGAUGCCGGUGUUCCCCAGAUCGGCGUGGACUGCUGGCAGAGGGGGUCUUGCGACGCUGUUGAAACUGCGUGGCGUGACCGGUCUGCAUGCACUCGGACCCGCCGCCUCGGUCCCCUCCGCGACCCGCACGCUAUCCAGGACUGCUGCUGCGGGCCGGUCCUGCGCAGUCCGUGCUGCGGCGGUCAGAUCGGGCGGACGAGCAGGCGGGGUGGCCGGUCUGUCCGAGGCUGGAGUGGAUCGCUGCCCCUCAGCCGAGAUGACAUCUUCCACAGCUUCUGUCGCGGAGAGCAUGGGCCAGAGGCUGGUGUGGGUGGAUCUGGAGAUGACAGGCCUGGACAUCGAGAAGGACCAGAUUAUUGAGAUGGCCUGCAUCAUCACAGACUCUGAGCUCAACAUAGUGGUGGAGGGCCCCAAUUUAAUCAUCAGUCAGCCAGACGAACUGUUGGACAGCAUGUCAGACUGGUGCAAGGAACACCACGGCCAGUCAGGUUUGACGCAGGCGGUGCGGGACAGCAAGAUAUCCCUCCAGCAGGCCGAGUACGAGUUCCUGUCCUUCGUGCGCCAGCACACGCCCCCGGGACAGUGCCCUCUGGCAGGGAAUUCGGUUCAUGCCGAUAAGAAGUUUUUGGACAAGCACAUGCCUCAGUUCAUGCGCCACCUUCACUACAGAAUCAUUGACGUCAGCACCAUCAAGGAGCUCUGCAGGCGCUGGUUUCCAGAGGAGUACAAGCUCGCCCCAAAGAAGAAAGCUUCACACAGAGCAUUGGAUGACAUUCAGGAGAGCAUUAAGGAGCUCCAGUUUUACAGAAGGAACGUCUUCAAGCCUAAUACAGAGGAGAAAAAGCGUAAAAUAGUGGAGAACGGAGAAAAUACCAAGACUUCCGGCUGAGCCAGUGGAAUAGAGGAGAGGGAAGCUGUGGACGUUGUUGAAAAGAAACAACUUUAAAAUCUCGUUUGCACACAGUGGCCAACUGUUGCCUUUCUGUGGGACUGAUGGUGUUCAAACCCUCCUUUAUUGAUGCUGCACAUGGCAGAAAAAGCAGUGUCUCUCUUUUUUAAGUUACUCUUCCUUUUCUUACCACAGUUGGUUUUUAAUUUGUUCAGAAGAACUGCCUUUGUUGAAAUUCCCGGAGUGCUUGUAAUUAAGCCCCAUUAUUUGUCUCUCUUUACCAGGACAUCUGCUUUUAAUUUUCUUGCCCUGGUGUUUAAAAAAAUAAAUAAACCUGAUGGAUGUUAAGAAUAUAAUUUCUUAUGUUUAAUAUCAUUUGUAAUAACUUGAAGCAAGCUUGAUGUUAUUCAUUAAUGUUACUUAUGUAACUAGAUUUGAAGACGGGUUGUUUUUGUUAAUUAAAUGAAUCCCAUCUAAUCAUAUUAGAUUUUGUAUUAGGAAGUUACCAUACACAGAAAAAGAAUAUUUAAUGAUACAGGCCAUUUAAUGUUUUGUAAAUAAAGUGAUAGAUGGGUGAAAAUGUUUUAAGUGGGGAAAAAUGGCUUAAAAUAUAGGAGUAUUUAAGUAGUAGUUAACAUCUAAACAUCUAACAAUGGUAGUAUUUUAAAGAGCCCUUAAUGGCAUUGCUAAAAUAAGAAGCUGCCUGUAUCCAGACAGUCACCCAUUGGUGCACUCCUUUCAAAAACAGAAGUGUUCACCUCCAUUAUUUAAAUUUUACAAUCUGUUCCCUUAAUAAAAGAUUGAUGAAUCAGUACUGGCACCAGGUGGCAGUGUUGGACGCUUUUCAAUGUGAGGACAGUCCUAGUAGCACUACUGACAAGCCACCUCAUUCGGAGCAGACUGCAUUACUCCUGAAACAAUAUGCCAUACAAGCUAUGCUUUUAAUUUACCUUUUCUCACAGCCAGCCAUUAACCUUUGGUGAACUGCACACUCAGGAAUGCUGCCUUCUCUGAAAGGGCUUCAGCAGAAAAUUGCAGCAUGUUGAGCAAUUCUGUUUCCCCUGAUGCUGAGUUACAGCAGGGCUCUUCAGUCAGAGAUCUAAUCCAAACUCAGUUCCUAGGUAUUCACUCACCACACUGCCAAAAAAAAAAAAGAUUAAAAUGGACAGACUUGAGAGGAGCUGUAGGAUAACAGUCAUUUUUUUUUCUCAACAUGAAAAUAAAGGCACUUCGGAGAUCUCUGAA